AUGACACACUCAUACUACUCUGCGAAUCCCAUCGGGGACUCUCGCUCACCGUCGUGUGCGUCUGUUCUCUCGAUUGAGCCGCUCAAGGAGUCGAUCGAUCUUUGCUCUAUAAACAAUGGUUACAUCAGAGGAAUCCACUGGUUGCAUCGUUGCAGGGAUAAGUGCUGUGCGGCUACCACAGCUUGUCUGCCUCAGCGGAGCCACCUGAGAGAUCGAGCCUUCUCCGUCAUGGACACCGAGCUGGCAAGUGCUCAGCGUACAGAUGUGUUCUACUAUCACUGA